AUGGUGGGACUAGCUCAACCAAUGCCUAAGAAGGUGACAAGAAGCCAGCUCGACCGACAGCUCGAUCGAGCUAGAAACCAGGGCAACUCGAUCGAGUUCCACAACUCGACCGAGUUUGUUUACUGCUCUUCAAUUCCUCAUUCAACAAGGUCUUUUGGAGCAUUCUGGAGCAUAUGGGACAUGAGGAGCAUGGAGGACUUGGCACAUGGACGCAGCUCAACUGGAUACGCAAAGGAAGAAGGAGGAAGCCAUCUUGAAGACCAGCUCGACCAUCUACUCGACCAACCGGUCGAGUUCCUCAACUCGACCGGCCAAGCUUCAACUCGAUCGAGCUGA